UUCUGGGACAGACAGGCGGGUCCAGAAGCCAGAUGGUCUGAGGACAGGCCCCCGGGAUCGUGGAGAUGGCUCUUGCCACUGCUGUCCGUGCUGUUGGCUGGGUCCCUGCAGGAGGAUCCAGGGUUCGAGCUCCGAGUGCAGGACUCAGUGACGGUGCAGGAGGGUCUGUGUGUCCACGUGCCCUGCUCCUUCUCCUUCCCCGGGGUGGGCGGGAGCAACUCUACACCCGCUUACGGCUCCUGGUACCAGAUAAAGAAUAAUCCCGAAGUGGAAGUUCUCAUGGCCACGAACAACCCAGCCAGAGGAGCAAAGAGGAAAAACAAAUUUCCAUUCCACCUUCCUGGAGACCCUGGGGCUGGCAACUGCUCCCUGAGCAUCACGGAUGCCCAGAGGGGACACGGGGGAAACUAUUAUUUUCACCUGGACAGAGGUCUCACGAGACACACGUACAAGAGUAACAGGCUCACUGUGCAUGUGAGAGAUGCCCCACAGAACCUGAGCAUCGGCAUCUCUCGAGGAAAUUGCACAGAACUGAAAUACCCGGGGAAUGGCUCGUCUCUUCCAGUCCUUGAAGGGGAAUCUCUGCUCCUGGUCUGUGCUUCUGAUAGCAACCCUCCUGCCACACUGAGCUGGGCCCAGGGGAGCUGGGCCCAGGGGAGCCGGACUCUGGGCCCCUCCCAGCCCUGGGAGCCGGGGGUCCUGGAGCUGCCCCGAGUGGAGCUGGGCCACGGAAGCAAAUUCACCUGCCAAGCUCAGAACUCCCUGGGCUCCCAGCACGUCUCCCUGCAUCUCUCUGUGGUCUACCCCCCGCGGCCGCUCAGCCCCUCCUGCUCCUGGGAGGGCGAGGGGCUGCACUGCAGCUGUUCCUCCCGGGCCCACCCGGCCCCCACCCUGCGCUGGCGGCUGGGGGAGGGGCUGCUGGAGGGGAACCACAGCAACGCCUCCUGGACCAUCACCUCCAGCUCUGCGGGGCCCUGGGCCAACAGCUCCCUGAGCCUCAGCGGGCCGCUGGGCUCCGGCCUCAGACUCAGCUGCGAGGCCCGGAACGCCCACGGGAAACAGAGCGCCGCCUUCCUGCUGCUGCCAGGGAAGCCUGAGCUUGGGGGAGGAUUCGUUCUGGGGGCUGUCGGGGGUGCUGGUGUUGCCGGCCUGCUCAGUCUCUGUCCCUGCCUCAUCUUUUUCAUGGUGAAGAUCUGCAGGAAGCAGGCACUGGAGCCAGCAGCUCGUGGGAAGGAUGUCGCCUGCACGCUGGGUCCCCUCUCCCGAGGUUACCAGCCUGAGUAUCCGUCAGGCACCCCCCCACCCUGCCUGCCCCCAGCCAUGGCCGCUCCCACCUUGGAGGAGGACCAGGAGCUCCAUUAUGCCUCCCUCACCUUCCACGAGCUGAGGCCCUGGAAGCCUCAGGACCCCGAGGGCCUCAGUACCACCAAGUAUUCAGAGAUCAAGAUCUGCAAGUGAUGACCCCAGACUCCAGCGAGCUCCCGCGACCUCUGGGUAGAGAGCCCAGGGCUUUUCAGGAAGGGAGACAUCGGGGGACAAUUCCUGAGAGAAUAGUUUGCCAUGGAAACGGGUUACCAACCAGUGAGUGGGCAUCCCACUGGUGUGGUGAUGGGCAGAACGGGGCUCAAAUUUCAGCCCGGCACCAAUUACAAGCCCAAGUCCCAGCAAGUCACUUGACUUCUCAGUCUCUCCCUCUGUAAAGUGGACGCAAAAAACCUAACUCACUGGGCUGUUGUGGGGCGUCAAGGUGGCAAUGAACAUGAAGGGUCCAACAAGGGUGCAGGUGCAGAGAGCACCUUGCCCGAGCUCACGCCUCUUCCCAGGGCAGCCCACCUGGUGUCAGGGUCUGCUCUGGCCCCUGCCUCUGCAGGGAUGGUCUAGCUCCAGAGGUCCCACCCCCACCCCCCAGGAUCCCUGACCCCCGGGGUGCUUCCUCAGGAACACUCUGAGCCUGCUUCCUGGGAACCCAACUUGUGUAUUUUCACCGCACAGAAAAUCAUUCACGACUUUUCUGAAAGAAACGACAGGUUAUCUAAAUUAUAUACCUCUUUCUUUAUAUGUCCCGGAUGUUUUCGUUCUCCUCAACAGGGUCUUCUUUUUGUAGAAUUGGCUUAUAAAAUUCCUUGCAGUUAUGGUCUGCGUCCCAUUAACACUGCAAUAUCGUGUUAACCUUAAAAUAAAAACCGCCAGCUCCUUUACCAGCGAAAAUAGAUCUAUUGGGUGAAUAAACGAGAGCUGUGCACCGCAAAGAGCGUUGACCUCCAAACCGUAGGCAAGUCUGAGGAACAAAGCAGAACCACGUAUUUAUGGAGAAAAGGGGCAAAUGGGGAAGGCUGUUAUAAACUAAAAGUCCAUUGGAGUAAACUGGGAGUUGGAAGUAUUCUGGCUUCUCAUUG